AUGCCUGCCACACUCACGUCCCUCCCGCUCGAGCCGCUGCAUGAUAUCGCAUUCCACCUCGUCGCGCAUACGCCCCUCGGCCCGCCCGCUGCGCUCCUCCCGCUCCUCCUCACAUGCCGCCACGUACACCGCGCCCUCACAGCAGGCGGACACCCCGCGCCGUCCUAUCCACCAUCCUAUCUCGCCAAGCAGCGCCGUGCCCAGUCCCAGUCCCAGUCCCAGUCCCAGUCCAAGGCGAAAGGGAAGGGGAAAGAACCUGCAGAUACAGAUGCAGACACAGAUGCGGAUAAUAGAAAAAGGUUUCCCCCGCCACUGACGAUAGCACCCACACUCUCCCCUGCGCUCCUCGCACGCGUGUUUAGACUCAAGUUCGAUGUGGGCGCGGUGCGCAGACGGCUGUUCGUCCCCCGCGCGGCGGAUAUGGCGGAGCAGCUCGUCGUCGCGUGUCGCGUGCUCCGGUUCUUGCGCCGCUUUCGUGCGCGGCUUGUUAGGUCCAUGUCUAGCGAUUACAAUAAUAUCUACAACGAUAACGAUAACGUGGAGGAGGAUGAGGAAGAGGAGGAGGAGGAUGAAGAUGAUAUUGGGAUGGAAGACCAUCUAUACACGAUGCUCUUCAUGAUGCUCGACAACGACGGCAAAAACUACGCGCAGCUCGUACAUGCAGGUAUACACCCCUUCCUCACGUACUACCUCAAACACCACAUCUGGCCUCCCACCCCCUCCUCUGCUUCCCCAUCAACCCACCUCAACAUCCCCCUCCCCCUCCCCCUCCCUCAUCCCGACGCCCCUCCCACCACGACCAUCCGCAUCCCCCUCCCCCUGCAAACCAACGACGGCUGGCCGCCCGACACACCCGCCACCCGCGCCGCGCUCUGGCUCCUCUGGCUCACCGCCGACCGCGCGCACCUCCUCGCCGAGCCGGUGUGGGAGAGGGAGGAUGUGGUGCUGGCCGUGCUCCCGUUUGCGGUGCUGCCGCAGAGGUAUGCGGCGGGGUGGGCGCCGCCGAAUCAUUUUGAGGUGCCUGUUAAGGUUGGGAGGGAAGGAGGGUUGGGGAGGGAAGGGAGGAGGGAAGGUGGUGGAAAUGGACAAGAGAGACAAGGCAGGAGAGGCCAUCAACUCCCAAUCACAAUCCCGCUCCCCGGCUCAUCCUCCGCGUCGUACCCUCUCUACCCCUCCUUCUCCUCUUCCUCUCCCUCUCCCUCUCCCUCUCUCUCGACGGAAACACAAACACAGACACAAACGCAUACAACCGAACAACCACUCACACAAUCCCACGCAUACUUCUCCACAACACUAAACAGCACGAUUCCACCCGCGUCUAUACCCGCCAAACUCCUCCUUGUGGCCAGGAGGGAGCUGAGGGAUAUGAUGGUGCCCCCGCAUUUGCCUCUUGGGCCGCCGCCAGGUGGUCUUCCUCCUGCUGGUAAUCCUGGUGGUGGUGGUGCCGGUGCUGGUGCCGCGGGUGCUGGUGCUGGCGGUGCGGGUGGUGGCGGAGGAGCGGGUAAUGUGGGUGGUGGGGGAGGAGGAGGGGGUAACCCAGGAGCAGGCGGGCUGACACAAGCAGACUACCACGUCCUCAACCGCGCUAAAGCCGCCAUGCUCCCCCGCGGCGCAUGUUGGGAUUGGGAGGAGGGGGUUGCGAGGGAGGUUAAUUCUAGGCUUGGGGGUGGUGGGUCGGCUGCUGGAGGAGGAGGAGCGGGUGGAGGAGGAGGAGGCGCGGGUGGUGGUGGUGGUGGUGGUGCGAGUGCGAGUGGUGCGAAUGUAGGAGGAGGCGGUGGAGGAGAGACACAGCCGCCACAAACAAAACCUCCAAAACCAAAAAAGAUCAAAGCAGGCGACGAAGAGAGUAAAAAAUGGGACGAGACGUUUUGGAGGAUGCGGUUGUGCGGGCGGUGGGUCGAUGUCGACGCUGCUCUCGGCGGCGAUGUCGCUGGUGGCGUUGACGCUCUCGGCGGCGGGGACGUCGUCGGCGCUCUCGGGGAAGAGGGUAGGGAGGCAAAGGGAGGAGAGGGGUAUGGAAGAGAGGGAAGGGAAGCAAAAGGGGGAGAAGGAGAAUGGAUAGGAGAGGACGAGCUGAUGUUCAGACCUGGCGAGGUGUACGUUCCGGGGUCGAUGCAUGGGAUAUGGCAGGGCAAGAUUUAUAUCCCACAAGGCCCGCAAUUCAACCACGUCCUGCAGAACCCGCAGUAUCCGUCGCUUAUCUGUCCAGAGGCGGUUGCGCAGGUGCAGGUGCAGGCGCGGGCGAUUUUGUUGGCGCAGGCGCAGGCUCAGGUGCAGGUGGAACAACAGGUUCAGGCGCAGGGAGAACAACAGGCUCAGGCGCUGGGAGAACAACAGGUUCAGGCUCAAGUACAACAACAACCUCAGGCGCAUGCUCAAGCAGAACAACAGGCGCAGGCUCAGGCUCAGGAUCCGCACCAACUCGCUCCUCACCAACCCCCACAACAACCUCCACAACACCAAACACUCACCCUCACCCUCCCAGGCGGCGGCACGAACCCGCGCCUCUUCUCCGAGUCGUCGCUUCAACUCGUGAUGCAGCCCGUGUGUUUGGAGAUUGCGGAGCAUCAUCGGGUGUGUCUUGGAAGUUGCUGCGUUUCUGUGGGUUCUUCUUUGUCUGCGUCGUCUUUGUUGGGUGAUGGGUCUGGUGCUGCGGCGAACGCGUCGGCGUCUGGUUCUGCGGCGAACGCGCCGGCGUCUGCUGCGUCUGGUUCGUCUACGAACGAGAAAGAGAAAAAGAGAAAAGACAGCCUCUCACCCCUCUCCGAAGCAAAAGCGGAAAGAGGAUGCGGCGUGCUCCCGCUCCCGCCGCUUGUGGAGGGGAGGCUGCCGCUUGGAGCGAGGGUUUAUGUUGCGGGUUCUGUUGCUCCUUCUACUGCUUCGAAUACAGAGGCGAGUUCGGGGUCGGGGUCUACGGCGUCUGGGUCUACGGCGUCGAGUUCGGGGACGGCGGAGGAGGAGGAGGAGUCGGGGUCGGGGUCUACGGCGUCGAGUUCGGGGUCAGAGUCUGCUGCGUCGGAGGAGGAGGAGGAGGAGGAAGACGAGGAAGACGAGGACGAGGACGAAGAAGAGGAGGAGGAGGAAGAUGAAGAGGACGACGACGACGAGGAUGAAGAAGAUGAGGACGAAGAAAACUCUCAAGAAAGCAUCGAAGAACCCGCACAGGCUCAAGCGCCCCCAACACAACUUGAGAACGCAAACGCAAACGCAAACUCAGGAGAAGGAACAGGAACAGCAAUGGUGCAGGCGGAAGGGAGCGGCGAACCGCACGAGGCGGCUGUUGAGGCGGGCGCGACUGCUGUGCCUGUGCCGCUGCCUCCGGAUCUUGGGGGUGCGGGUGCGGGUGCUGGGGGUGGUGCGGGUGCUGGUGGUGCUGGUGCGGGUGCGGGUGCUGGUGCUCCUCAUAACCAGAACCAGAACGCAGGGCAAGGGCAAGGUCAAGCACCUAACCAAGGACAAGCAGCCAACCAAGGACAAGCACCCCACGAUGAAGCCAACCAAGAACCCAACCAAGCACCCAACCAACAACAACAACCCGCACCCCUCCCACCCCUGGCACUCCUAGACUACAGCAUGCGCAACGCGUGGUUCGACGGUGAGCCAGGCGGCGUGGCUGUCGUUCCGCGGCGCCAGAUCGUCAGAUCCGGUUCCGGUUCCAUUGGAAGUGACGGAGAGGGGACGGGGACAAGGAUGAGGAGGGAAGAGGUGGUUGUGAGCACGGGAUUCGUGAGACCUGAUUUGAACGUGCCGAGCGGGUGCGUUGGUCAAGGGAGAGCAGCAGGAGCGGGAGGGGGAGGGGGAGAGGAGAGGAAGACGUACGUGUAUGAGACGUAUGAUCCUGAGCGUGUAUCGUCGCAUGAUGCGCAUCUCGUCUUUGCGCCUUCUUCUUCUUCUUCAAACGCCAACGCGAAUGGUACAGACGCGAACGCGAACGCGAAUGGGAUGAUGAACCCGGAGUGUGUGACGUGCGCUGCGCUCGCGAGAGCGCGUAGGGAGGAGCGCGCGCGGGAGGAGGAGGAGGCGAGGAGGAUGUUGGAUCGGGCUAUGCGUCGCGUUGGGCGUGGGGGUGGGGGUGGGCUUGACCUUGAGCUUGGGCUUGGACGUGGUCUUGGGGAUGGGAAGAUGGAUGUUGACGAAGAUGACGAGGAGGAAGGGGGAGAGAUGGGGAUGGAGAUGGAGGAUAUCGAUAUGGCGGAUUUUGCGCGUGGAUUCGAGGCGGCUGUCGGUGGUUCCACCCGCGCCUCCUCUUCCUCCUCCUCCUCCUCCUCCGAAGACGACGAAGACGAUGCCAACUCAGACGAAGACGAAGACGAAGACGAAGACCUGAAUGCAAACCUCAACAUAGGUACCGAUAUGGACCUCGAUCCAACACACCUCGCCGCAUUCGCGUCGCAUGUGUGUAUACCGGGCCGUGUUCACCGUGUACGCGUGCGCCGCGUCGAUGAGGAUUUGUAUUACCACCACCACCACGAUGAUGAUGGGGAAAGAAGGAGGGAAAGGAAGAGGAUGGUGUUGGGUGAUGAUGUGCCGCGCGGUGAGAGUGGAUAUGUCGCUUUUCUGUGUUUGGGCGGUGGGUCUGCCGUGGAUGAGGAGGAGGAGGAGGAGGAGGAGGAGGAGGAGGACGGAGAGGACGGAAGUAGCUCUGAAGAAGAGGAGCGUGGAGAUGCUGGGAGGGAGAGGAAGCGGAAGAGGGCGGGUGUGGAUGUGGAUGAGCAUAUGUCGGGAUAUGUUAGUGGUCGUGGGCGUGGGCGUCGAGAUGGACCGAAGCGCGCGCGGAGGAGUGAGAGCGCAAGUACCAGCACUACUACCACCACCACCACUUCACCAACACACAACCGGCUACACAAAAUCCACCCACACCCCCACCGCAUCCACAUCAUCCCGCCCACCCGCCGCGAAUUCGAGCGCGCGCGCAUCGGGGCGGCGUGUACAGGCAUCCGCGAUACCAUCGUCACAGGCGGGGUGCCGGGGUCAUCUUCCUUCCCCGCCUACUCCUCUUCAUCUUCAUCUCACUUGUCGCCGUCGGAACGGCGCCGGCUGCGCCAGCGCAGCUUGGUGAUGUCCGCGCUGUACCAGGAUGUUGUGGUGUAUGGCCGUGUGAGGCGGUGGGAUGGGCUUGUGGGGAUGCUUAGGAUCAGUCGGUCCGCGCACCAGCAGGCACAGGCACAGGCGCAGCAGGGUGCAACGACAACGCCGAGUGCGAAUUAUCUGUUUGUGUUUGGGUAUGUGGUUGGCAAGCGGAAUUUUGUGGGGGAGUGGAGGAUGGCGGCGGCGGAUCCGUUGAGGCCUGGGUGGGGAGGCGCGUUUGUGAUGAGUAAGCUUGAGGAGGAUGAAGAGGGGGAGGAGGAGGGGGUGUGA